CUCUCUCUCUCUCUCUCUCUCUCUCUAUUUGUGAAGCUUAAUUUUUUUUGUUUUAAUCAGAUCAAUGGCAAUCCCAGUUAUUGAUUUCUCAAAACUUGAUGGUGAAGAAAGGGCCAAAACAUUGGCUGAAGUUGCUAAUGGAUGUGAGGACUGGGGAUUCUUCCAGCUGGUGAACCAUGGAAUAUCGGAGGAGCUUCUCGAGAGGGUGAAGAAGGUGACCGGUGACUUCUUUAGGAUGGAAAGAGAGGAGAACUUUAAGAAUUCCACACUAAUGAAGGCGGUAAAUGAAAACAAAAAAUUGGAGAAUGUGGACUGGGAGGAUGUCUUCACCCUCUUGGAUGACAACGAAUGGCCCUCGAAAACCCCUGGAUUCAAGGAAACCAUGGAAGAAUACAGAAGAGAACUGAAGAAACUUGCUGAGAGGGUCAUGGAAGUGAUGGAUGAGAACUUAGGGUUGCCAAAGGGAUACAUGAAGAAAGCCUUCAACGGUGGCGAAGAAGACAAUGCCUUUUUCGGCACCAAGGUGAGCCACUACCCACCAUGCCCUAAGCCAGAGCUGGUGACUGGUCUCCGAGCUCACACUGAUGCAGGCGGUGUAAUAUUGCUCUUCCAAGAUGACAAAGUUGGAGGCCUCCAAAUCCUGAAAGAUGGGCAGUGGAUAGAAGUGCAACCAUUGCGCAACUCGAUUGUCAUCAACACUGGGGACCAGAUUGAGGUCCUGAGCAAUGGCCGCUACAAGAGUGUUUGGCACAGGGUUUUGGCUACCCCAACUGGGAAUCGGAGGUCAAUUGCUUCGUUUUAUAACCCAUCAAUGAAGGCCACAAUAGCUCCUGCGCCGGAAUUGGUCGAAAAGGAGAACCAAGAAGUGGGUCAGACUUAUCCCAAGUUUGUGUUUGGUGACUACCUCUCUGUAUAUGCUGAGCAGAAGUUCCUCCCCAAGGAACCAAGGUUCCAGUCUGUGAGGGCCGUGUGAAAAACAUAAGAUCCAUAUUAAAUGGGGAUAAAUUUACUUCACUUUUUAUCACUUGGGUGGUUAAGUACGUACUAUUAUUACAUACUCGCUCGUCUCUCUCUCAACUGAAAAGCUUCUGUGUGGGAGGAGAACGCUGAAGUGGGUGUAAGUCAGUCUGCGUGUUAUGUGCUUGUUGUUGCUUUUUUCUGUCUACGUAUUGGUGUGUAAUGAUGAGGAUGCUUAAAAGCUCCAUUUCAGAUUUGCUAUGUAAAAUAGUAAAAUAUUAUGGAUUGCAAUCUUAAAUUUUGUUGUUGGUUA